CUGAGCGGGUGCGGAAUACCAAACCCACACCAGUAAUCGAUUUCACAGAAGUUUUAUCGUCCGACGGCGUUUACUCGGGUCGUCUUCCUCGUCUCCCUCCCCUCCGUUCCCCCUACCAAAAUCCUUCCCUCACGAGCUUUGGAUGACCAGAAGCAGUUGAGCACGAGGAAGCCGAGGGUGGAAUCCAAGGGCGAAAGCCCCGCGGCUUGUGUUAUUAACCUAACUCAGCUUAUGUGGAGAGAUACCCUCGCGCCUCCACCGCCGUCUGCUGAUCGAGAUGGACGGCAAUGAUGACGCCUCCACGCCGCGGAAGGUGCUCUGGCGUUCCGCCUCCUGGUCAGGCGGUUCGUCUUUGGUGCCCCAAGGAAAGCCCCCGAAACCCUCCCGGCCGCUCCCGCCACUUUCUAUCUCCCGCCGUGGGGCUAUCACCGGCUGGCCUUGCCCUGCCUCUGAUGACUCCGGACACCCGCCAGCCACCCCAUCGUCUUCCACCACUGACGAUUACCUUGAGUGCUCCCGCGUGGCCGACCACGUCUAUUUAGGCAGCGAGGCCGCCGCGCGUGACCGGGAGGCGUUGCGGAGACAUGGUAUAACGCACGUGCUCAACUGCGUGGGCGGUGUUUGUCCGGAGUGCUUCCGCGGCGAUCUCGUGUACAAGACGCUGUGGCUCCACGACUCUCCUGCUGAAGACAUCGCCUCCGUCUUCUAUGACGCCUUCGAUUACCUGGAGGAGGUCCGCGCGGCCCGCCCACCGGCCCGAGUGCUGGUUCACUGCCGCCGCGGUGCUUCCCGAUCCGCCGCACUCGUCAUCGCCUACCUUAUGUGGCGCCACGCCCAGCCAUUCGACGAUGCCCUCCGCGCGGUCCGCUCAGCGCGAGCAGCGGCUGAUCCCAACCUAGGGUUUGCCUCCCAGCUCCUCCAGUGUCAGGCUAGGGUUCUCUUGUCGCCCUCCUCUUCUGGUUUCCGCGCCUACCGCAUGGCUCCUCACUCAUCCUUCGAUCCCUUUCAUCUCGUCCCGAAAUCGGUCUCCGGCCCCGUUUGUCUUGAUUCUCGUGGCGCUUUUAUUGUCCAUGUCCCAACUGCCGUCUUCGUCUGGCUCGGCCGAGCUUGCGAUCCGGCCAUGGCUGAGGCGGCCGCAUCCGCCGCCCGCCAGGUUGUGCGAUAUGAGCGCGCUCGGGGGCCUAUUCUCACCGUCAACGAAGGUUCCGAGCCUCCUGAUUUCUGGGGCAAAGACCUCUCUGCAGGGGGGGAGGUUGGGAAGCGAAGGGUUGAUCUCUACGAUCUCGAUUUUGAAAUCUUUCGCCAGGCGCUGAAGGGUGAAGUCGUGCCAUCAUUUCCCUUGCCGAUGAAUGGGGCCCCGGCUAGGCGGGAAGCAAAUGAUGAAGAAGAUGGUGAGGCGAGCUCCUCCACUCCGUCAUCCUUGUCGGCUGAAACUUCUUCGAGCAUCACUUCCUUUUCUCCGGCCUCAACCUCUUCAUCCGACGGGUACAAUUCCUCGCCAUCAUCCUCCCCUGUGGCUGAAUCCCAGAAGGCUCUGCUACCGUUGAACCUUGCUUCCAAGUUGCCACCUUUGCACCCUAGGAAGGGAAAGGAAAAAGAACUUUCUAUGUCGCAGUCUCUUGCAGGUCGCAGAAGUGAAUCCGCUCCGUUCUCUCCUGGUCAUGCAGUUCGAGAGUGGUGUCUGUCUCAUCUUGCAUCUAAAGUGGAAGAAUUCCAGAAGAGCAUGGAGUCUGAUUCGGUGCGAUUGGGUACUGCAGAGGUUGAUGAGGACGUUGGUACUAGCGAUUGCUGUUUUGUAAGUCAUCCCCUUCUUUUCCAGUGGCCUGGGAUGGACAAGGUGGAAGAAAUUCAUCGUGGGGCACUUGACUCGAGCUCAGUGUUCUUGCUGCUAGCACCUAAUUCCAGUUCAUGCAGGAGGAGGCCAAAGACAAAUGUUCUCUAUGUGUGGUUAGGAAGGAACAGCAGCUCAGUCAACCUUGGCCCCUUCUCUGAAUCAAGUGAAGAAGGAGGUGCUAAAAAUGUUAAAUGGGAUGAGAUCACCACCGAUUUUAUUGAUCAACUGGGGCUCCCAGUUCGUAUUACUGUACAGAUAGUUAAAGAGGGAGAGGAGCCAGAGCAGUUCUUAACUCAUCUCUUUUCUUUUCACAAGAGAACAGAAAGCAGACAUGAAUCAGGUGAAUGAGAGACAAAUAUUUGAGAUAAGUUAGAUGAUUUCUGAUACAGAACAAACAGCUUGAAGAUGAUUUUGGCUGUUUUUGUGAAGGAUAAGGUGCCUGUAACUAUGGCUCUGGCACAUAUGAUCUUGUUGCAGGCCUCCAAUGGAGUAUAAGGUAUCAUUCUGUAUCUAAGCCUAUAAGGUGAAGAUAGGAGGUUUGUUCUAAUUAAUUUUAAUCAAAAUAACAAUGGUUUACUAUGAUAUUUCUUGUUUUUUUUUUUGUUUAAUUUGUGUGAAGAAAAAGUAGAUUUUGGCAAUGAGUUCUGACUUUAGACCUCUUAUAGACUCUUCACUUGAAAGUGAUUGGAUUAGAGAUGCCUUAUAAGAUCAUGAAGA